GGACUGCGCCAAGCCCACACCCAGUCCUCUCUGGAGGAGGAAUAAGAGGAGGAAGAAGAAGCUGCUCUGUCUACACUCCUGCCACUCGGACACUGAAGCCAGAGAGGACACCGGCCGCAAAAGCCUCCAGGAUGUCUGAGCUGGAGAAGGCCAUGGUUGCCCUCAUUGAUAUCUUCCAUCAGUACUCAGGGCGAGAGGGUGACAAGCACAAGCUGAAGAAAUCAGAACUCAAAGAGCUCAUCAACAAUGAGCUCUCCCACUUCCUGGAGGAAAUCAAAGAGCAGGAAGUCGUGGACAAAGUCAUGGAAACACUGGAUGAAGAUGGAGAUGGAGAGUGUGACUUCCAAGAAUUUAUGGCCUUCGUCUCCAUGGUGACUACAGCCUGCCAUGAGUUCUUUGAACAUGAGUGAGACAAAAACCAGGAGCCAAGCUGUUCCUGUGGCAGACACGAAGGUCACAAGUGGCAGCAGAGCAAAGGCUUGCAGGCUCAAAGGAGCUGAGCUCUCCAGUCACAUAUAACUAAUUAGGAAGCUUGAUUUGCUUUGGAAAUGAAAAACUGAAAGCCUUCCCAAGGGCUGCUUGAAAUUAGCACAUCAUUAUUUCUGCUACAUUAGGCAUUCCUGUGAGCUGUCUGGUCCCAGGAAGUAUGGGUAAGAAUCACUUAGGGGACAAAAUCAAUGCUCAGCAGUAAAGCAUGUGUUGCAGACCACCAUGCCCCUGUAGAAGCAUCACCCAGAAGAAUUAUAGGACAGCAUUCUUAAUGCUUCCAACAGACCCAAAACUCCACAGCUGGAUCCACUGUCACUGGAAGAGGCUGCUUUUCCUUACAUCUCCUUACACUGUUUGUGCAAAUGAUGCCCAAGAAAGCAGAUAGUCUGAUUACAACACCCUCCCCCCAGCCCAAAUGAGCAGGGCACUUAAGUCUCUGCUUCCGGUGAGCAGCCAUUACUAAGUAAAUAGUCAACGCCAACAGUUCUAACUGCAAACAAAUAGAUCUCACAAACUAAGCAUUAACAUUCUAACUUGGGCCUGAGAAUCAAAAUUCUAUUCAGUAGACUUCUUUUAGGAUGGCACUGCUGUUCCUGUAGGACAUGUACAAAGGAGGAGACUGGCUACAGUGUAGUGUACACUGUGAAGAUGUGUCACUCUGAUGGGUUUAAUAAAAAGCUGAAUGGCCAAUAGCUAGGCAGGAUUUUCAAGGGCAGAGGGAAUGCUGGGAAGAAGUAGGGAGUCGCCAGACAGAUGGAGAGGAAGCAGGAUGAGAGUACAGAGUAAAGGUAACCAAGCUACAUAAAAAAAUGUAGAUUAAAAGAUAUGGGUUAAUUUAAGUUAUAAAAACUAGUUAGUUAAGAACAAGCGUAAGCUAUCGGCCAAGCUUUCAUAAUUAAUAAUAAGUCUCUGUGUCAUUUUUUGUGAGCUGGCAGCCCAAAGAAAAUUCUUUCUACAGUGUAAAGCUUUUUCCAGCUUUACUGUCUAUAAAGCAAGUGACUAUGAGAUUGAUGUCUGCAGGGUGAGUUGCUGGGGGAAUGAAGGGCACCUCAGAUAUACCCUUCAGUGGCUGGAAGUCACAUCUGACUUGCUGUGCCUAGGGCCUGCUUACCACUUGGUGAGGCUGAGAGACAAGAGUGGUGGGAAACUGAACUUAAUGCUUUUUAACCUAUAUAUUCAAAUAAUGAAGGUUCAAAUAAUUCAAGUUACAAAUAAAUAAAAAUCACAUCAUAAAUAUUAAAAA